AUGAAGAUCGUCGGAAACAGCAUUGCCACGUUUGGCAUGGCAAUGGCUCAUACCAUGUCAGCCAUAGCACAGAACAUGUCAUACGGAGCAGACAAUUUCUACCACAGUGAUAACGUGACGAUUCACAAGAUCACUUUCGCAAGCCAGUACCAGACGAUUAUCGCGGGUAACCUCUUCACCCCCAACAAUCUCGACCGCAGUGUCUCCGUCCCAGCCGUUAUCGUUGGCCACCCAAUGGGUGCAGUGAAGGAGCAGAGUGCGAACCUGUACGCCACAAAGUUAGCCGAACAGGGCUUCGCUACGGUGUCAAUUGACAUGCCAUUCUGGGGCGGCAGCCACGGUAGACCGCGAAAUGCCGUGUCCGCCGAAUUGUACGCCGAUGCAUUCAGCGCAGCAGUCGACUACCUUGGUUCGCAGAACCUCACGAACGUGGAUCGCGAGCGAAUCGGUGGCCUCGGUAUCUGUGGCAGCGGCUCCUUCCUGAUCAGCGCUGCGAAGAUCGACCCACGCAUCAAAGCCAUCGCAACAUCGACAAUGUAUGACAUGGGCGCUGUCAACAGGGACGGACUACGGAAGGCGCAAAGCGUCGCUGCGCGUAAGGAGAUCAUCGCUGGGGCGGCUCAGCAGCGCUGGAUCGAGGUGCGGGGUGGCAGAAUUGAGGUCACGGGCGGGACUCCGAAUAUACUCACAGUGAAUUCGACUGCGGUGGACCGUGAGUUUUAUGACUACUACCGUACCUAUCGUGGUGAAGUCACACCUAAGGGUACGACUGCGAAUCUUACAACGCACCCGACGCUUUCGACCACCACGAAAUUCAUGAAUUUCUACCCAUUCAACGAUAUCGAAACAAUCUCCCCUCGUCCGAUGCUUUUUGUCUCCGGUGACCAGGCACACUCGCGCGAGUUCAGCGAAAAUGCUUAUGCCCGUGCGGGCGAACCGAAGGAGUUGUUUUGGGUUCCUCGCGCUGGUCACGUUGACCUUUAUGAUCGCGUGGAGCUGAUUCCAUUCGCUAAAUUCACACAUUUCUUCCAAACGAGUCUCAGCUAG